CGGGGCUUGAAAACGCCCAGUGAGCGCGGCGCUGCGCCCUGCAGGACCCGGAUGUGAGCCACAGCGACCAGCAGCCGAGACUCGAAGAUGCAGACCAUAAAAUGCGUGGUGGUUGGAGACGGUGCAGUGGGAAAGACCUGCUUAUUGAUCUCCUACACAACCAACAAGUUCCCUUCAGAAUACGUGCCUACGGUAUUUGAUAACUAUGCAGUCACUGUGAUGAUCGGAGGAGAGCCAUACACACUUGGACUUUUUGACACAGCAGGUCAGGAGGACUAUGACAGGCUGCGGCCUCUGAGUUACCCCCAGACAGACGUUUUUCUGGUGUGCUUCUCCGUCGUCUCACCGUCCUCUUUUGAAAACGUCAGAGAAAAGUGGGUACCAGAGAUCUCCCACCACUGUCCCCGAACUCCCUUCCUGCUGGUCGGUACUCAGGUGGACCUGAGAGAUGAUAGUAACACAGUGGAGAAACUCGCCAAGAACAAACAGCGCCCUCUCUCGCCCGAGAGUGGAGACAAACUGGCCCGAGACCUCAAAGCGGUGAAAUAUGUGGAGUGCUCUGCCCUCACACAGAGAGGAUUGAAGAACGUCUUUGAUGAAGCCAUCUUGGCUGCCCUGGAGCCUCCAGAGACCAAACCCAAGAAACGCUGCAUUCUUUUAUAAAAAUUAAUUUGGGAUCAAGUUGAUGGGAGAAAAAAAAUUGAGGCAUUCGUUCAGUGCCUUUAGUUUUACAAAGUUAAGAGUGGUUCGUGUGGUAAUAUGCUGACGUCUCUCUUCCUGAGUAAUGACCAGUUGUUCUAUCUAAGACCUCUUCAUAUACACACGCACACAAAAGCAACAAAAAAAAUCAAUGCCUUCAAAACAUGGAAAAAGAUGACUGGCCUGUUUUUUUUUCUUUUCUUGUGUUUAUCAAUUCUGUCGUUACCAAAACGUACAACCACUUUAAUAUGUUUUUUCACGUCCCUCACUUGGACUCUGUUUAGUCUCAGCAGUCUUAAAAAAAACAAAGACCAUCCUCAACUGAUCGGUUUUCCUUCUUUCAUUCCUUUGCAUUGAGGCAAUUGGAACUCCAAGUGUUUCUUACCCCUUCUGUCCUCUGCAGGACUUUAACUGAAUUUUUUGUUUAAAUGAUUGUGGCGUAUUAAUGACAGGAGUAUUGUAUGAUUGUUUUUAUUUUUAUUAUUUUGGUGAGUGGGUGUUUAACAGUUAGGACUUGGAGAUUUUAGUGCAAUUUUUUAUAUAUAUAUAUAUAUAAUUUUUAUUUCUUUUGUCUUAUUUUAUUUAGGUGUCGCUUUAUCACCACGGUUGGUUUUUUUUUUUUUACUUUUAAGGAAUAAUAAAUGCAUAUAACCUAUUAGAUUAGCUGGUCUCUACAUCGGUAGCCAUGGUAAUUAAAGCAAUAAUGAUUACAAGUAAUAGAAAUGCAGGAUGUGGAGAUGAUGUGGGAGUAGAUUUUAUGUGACUGUAAUAAAAAAAACAAACUGAAGAA